UAAAGAACUACCAGAAAACCUUUUGUUGUUUUCCUUCACAAAGUUAUUCAAAUUCCUCCAGAAAAUUAUAAUUUAUUGUUAAAAAAUGAAGUGCAUAUUAUGUUUAAAAAUACCCGACAAACCAAUUAACAUAUUCGGAGAACAAGGUCUUAAACUUGAUAUGAAAUUUAUUAUUUCUAAACAUUUUUGGUUCGAGCCAAAUCAAGAUGAUGACAAUUCGAAAUUAAUAUGCUCCUCAUGUUGGUUAACAGUUGAAGAUUUCCACAAAUUCUAUGAAAAAAUUGAAGAAGCUCAUUGUUCAUUUCAAGAAAUUAAACCUGUCAUGGAUGUGAUGGAAGAUGAUUUUCCAGAUGAAGGAAAUGACAAUCAUUUAAGUGAUACUAAUAUGUUAAUAGAUGAAGAUAUUAAAAUUGAAGUGAACGAAUCAAACAACGUGCCAUUCGAAUUGCAAUGUAAUAUAAAUCCUCUAGAAAUAACUGUUAAAAGCGACGACGAUGAAGAGGCUGACUCAGAGUCAGAAAUGCCUCUUGCUGCACUAUCCAAACAACUACAAAGUAAGGACAAAAUCACAAAGAAGGAACUUGAAAAGAACGAAAAAAGUUCCAUGAGUAAAAAACUGAAAAAGAAGAAUAAGCCAGCAAAAGAUAAAACCAGCAAAGUAUCCUCCACAUUGUGUCCCGAGGACAAAGACAAAGAUACUAAAGACGAAAUACUUCAUGUUCAUGAAGGCAAAUGGCUAGCCACUUGUUAUGCCGAAGAAACCUAUUCAAAGCCAAUAUGCUCGGAAGAAUUGGACAAAUUCCUAAAAUUAAAUAUCGAACUUUUGUGUGGACUUUGUCAGCAGCCAAUGGAAGAGUUUGCAUGCCUUCAUCCACAUUUUGUCAGAUGUCAUAACAAAGCUAAACCCUUUGUGUCUUGUUGUGGAAGAAAACUGAAAUAUCGAGCUCAAAUAAUCGAUCAUAUUUUAGUCCACAAAAUACCUGACUAUUUCAAGUGUACGGAAUGUUCUAAAGUUUGGCCAUCUCGUCGUAAUCUCAAGGAGCAUUUGCCAAUUCAUAAUAAGAAUUUUAUAUUCAAUUGUGAGAAAUGCAAUAAGAGUUUUUGUAGUAAACCUGCCCUCGAACGGCAUCAUGAAGUUCAUUUUGAAGAGAAACCAUUUAAAUGUGACAUUUGUGAUAAAUUCUAUGCAACAGAAUAUCGUUUAAAACAACAUGCCUAUAAUAUGCAUCAAUAUAAGAAGAUAUGUGAACAAUGUGGGCAGGUAUUUCGUGAAAAGGAAACUUUUGUGAGGCAUCUGUUGAAACAUACAAACGAACCGAAACCCUAUUUCGAAUGUGAAAUUUGUGGAGCUAGACUUUCGAGUAAGAAAGUUCUGCACAAACAUAACAAGUUUCAACAUUUGGAGGAUGCUGUUGAACAGAAUUGUAAUCUGUGUGGAAUAACUGUUAAGAAUUUGCAAGCUUUGAAACGGCAUUUGAAUUUUGUUCAUAAAUAUCAGCGGGAACAUAAAUGUUCUAUGUGCGAUAAAGCAUUUAAAAGAGCACUUUCACUUAAGUGCAUUUUAUGUUUAAACACUCCUGAUGAAUCAAUAAAUAUAUUUGGAGAGAAUGGACUUCGUUUGGAAAUUAAAGAAAUCAUCACUAAACACUUUUGGCUCGAGCCAAAUGAAGACGAUACAAAUUCCAAUUUGAUAUGUUCUCCAUGCUGGUCAUCAUUGGAAUCAUUUCAUAAAUUCUAUGAAGAAAUCAAAAAAGCUCAUUGUUCUUUGAUUGAAAUUAAACCUGCAAAUGAAGUGGAAGAGGAUAUGGAAGUCGAAGCACAUUCAAGUGAUUAUAUUUUAGAUGAUUAUAACGGUAUUUUGUAUCAAGCCAUAAAAGUUGAAAUGAAAGAAGAAACUUUAAAUGAACGAAUAGAGUUUGAUAAUACGACUACUGCUGAAGAAAAUAUCAAACCUUCAAUUGAACUUGAUGUAAAAUUGGAUCAAGAUGAAGAUGAUGCAGAAGCUGAUUCUGAUUCAGAAAUUCCACUUUCCAAACUAUCUAAAAACACAGAAAUCUCUGAAAGUAAAAGAAAUACCAAAGCCAAAGUAAAAAAGAUUAAAACCACCAACGAUGAUGAUGAUGACGAAGUUGAUAAAAAAGUUCACAUUCAAGACGGCAUAUGGCUUGCUACAAGUUUUGGCCAAGAAACAUCUGACAAGCCAAUAAGUCACAAGGAACUCGAUAAGUUCAUUAAACUAAAUAUGGAACUUAUGUGUGAAAUAUGUCGAAUACCAGUUAAAGACUUUCAAACUCUCCAAAAACACUUUAAAAACUCCCACAGCGGGAAGACUUUUGUGACAUGUUGUGAUAAGAAAUUCUCCCUACGUAGUCGUUUAGUUGAUCACAUCUUGCUACACAAGCUACCUGAUUAUUUUUCCUGUGUUGUCUGUUCCAAAGUUAUGUCUUCGCGUGAAAACCUGAGGAAACACAUGAUUGUACAUGACAAGAAAUUUGAUUUCCAAUGUGACAAGUGUGAUAGGACUUUCUAUCGUAAACAACUUCUUGAUCGUCACAUGGAUACCCACGUUUUAGAUCGAAAAUUUAAAUGCGAUAAAUGUGAUAAAUUAUUUACAUCAAAAUUUUCUCUUGGACAACAUAUCUAUGGCGUACAUAAAGGUGGUUAUAAGAAAAUUUGUGAACAAUGUGGCAAAGUUUCACGAGAUCAUGAAGCUUUUGUACGGCAUCAAUUGGUACACACUAAUCAACCAAAACCAUUUGUUGAAUGUCCCAAGUGUGGUAUUAAAUUGGUGGAUAAAAAUGGAUUACGCAAACAUAUACAAUCGCAACAUCCAGAUGAGACACGAGAACACAUUUGCACGGAAUGUGGUAUUGUAACAAAUACAAUAUUUGCAUUGAGGAGGCAUAUAACAUUUAUGCAUAAGAGAAAACGUGAUCAUAAGUGUCCGGUGUGUGAUAAGGCUUUUAAAAGAGCUCUAACAUUGAAGCCAAGUGAAGAAGACAUCAAUGCAAAAGCUAUUUGCUUCGAAUGUUGGAAGACUUUAGAAUCAUUUCAUAAAUUCUAUCAAACAAUUGAAGAUGCCCACACCAAACAGCUAACAUGUCUUAAACAUCCCAUCGAAGAGAGUGAUCAUGAAAUUGACCAUUUCGAAGCACUUUCUGAUUUUUUUAAACCAGUUGUAAAAGUUGAAAGUUCUGAUGAUACAAAGGUUGAGUUGUUGCCAGAAGCCGCCGCCACAAUAGAACCUCUAAUCAGUAUUCCCAUUAUUACUCCUGUGACAAAAGAUGAUGAAUCCAAUAAAAAUGAAUCCAACUCUGACUCUGAAUCGGAAGUUCCCCUCGUCAAGUUAAGUAAUCAAGAAAAGCCUGUGAAAGAGCAAAAAGAUGAAUCUCCUAGCGAAGAUGAAUCAGACUCAGAAAACGAUGCGUCUCAAGAUUACGGACAUCAAGAAGUAAAUUCCGAUUCUGGCUCUGAAUCUGAUUCUGGAAGUGAAUACAGUUCGCCCAAAAAGAAAGCAAAAGUGAAAACAACUGCAACUCGUCGUACAAAUAAAAAACUUAUGCCAUGUAAAGAAUUUGAUAGUUUUAUCAAACAAAACAUGGAACUUGCAUGCGACAUUUGUAAGAAGCCAGUUGAGAAUUUUCUCGGCCUCAAAGACCACUUCAAAAAGGUUCACAAAAAAGACCCAUAUGUCAUUUGUUGCGACAAACCAUGGCCAAGUCGUUUUUCUUUGGUCCAUCACUUGCUUUUGCAUAAGAAUCCAGAUUUGUACAAGUGUCAAAAAUGUGGACGUGUUUUGGCCAACAAAAAGAGCUUCAACAAUCACACUCAAUCGCAUAUUACCCAAGAACGAACUCACAAGUGCCCCAAAUGUCCGAAAAUGUUUUCGUCAACUGUCAAAUUGGAUAAACAUAUUCAAACACACGUUAAACCACGCAUUGAUCAAAUAUGUGAACAAUGUGGUAAGGUUUGCCACAGCAAACAAAGUUUGAAUGCUCAUCAGAAGCGAGAACAUUUGGGUUUUGUAAAGCAGCGGGUACAGUGUCCAAAAUGUGGAACUUAUUUGUCAGAUUCAUCAACUUUACACACUCAUAUGAAAUAUCAACAUCCGAAAGUUGAAGUUUUGAAUGUUUGUAAGAUAUGUGGAAAGAUUUCAUCUACUGGUUAUGGAUUGAAGCGACACAUGCAAUAUAUGCAUUCAAUGGAACGAGUACAUAAGUGUAAUAUUUGUGAAGAUAAGGCUUUUAAGACGGCACAGCGAUUGAGGGAACACAUGACAACACACACUGGAGAAGUUCUCUACACAUGUCCACAUUGUCCGAAAACAUUUAAUUCAAACGCCAACAUGCAUUCCCAUCGUAAGAAAAUGCAUCGCAAAGAAUGGGAAGAAAAUCGGCGUCAUCCUCAUAUGGGGCAUAGUGCGCAAGCAAGUGUAAAUAACGCAAAUGCAAAUGCGAUUGCAAACGCCACCGAGGAAAAUAACCAGCAGUAGUAGUAGUAGUAGUAGUAUAGUAAUAAUUAAUAAAUUUUAAUUUCUUAAACAAUAAGAAAAAAAAAAAACAUUUUUAAGCAUUCAACUUACAUCAUAUUUUGUUUCAUAUAAUUAAUUUCUUUUUUUAAAAGAGUGUAUUGAAAAUACGUUUUCAAUAAAAAAUUAGUGUUACGUGUAAGAAUA